GAGGAAUCUAAUAUUGUAGUACAUCAACAUUCUCUCAUCUACUUAAACAUCAAAAUGGCCAUUCGUCACAUCUUUAUAGCAGCCAGCCUUGCGCUUGCCUUCGCCAAAACAAAUGCUGAGAAUCCGGCUUCAGGAAAAUACGGAUACACGACCGCCUAUGAUUACAUCAUUGUAGCUUCACUCGAAAAUUACCCCGACCUUAAGGCGCUUUGCGACGAUACUCCCGACCUGUCGGGCUGUGUUUUGGGUGGUAGUACAGUUAUCAAUAGCAUGAACUACAUAAACCCGUCGCGCGACGACUUCGAUGCGGUUUGGCCGAAAGGAUGGCAAUGGGACGAUAUUCAAGCCUCAGCUGCGAAACUUUACAAGCGAAACCCAGGAAUCAUUAACCCAUCCGUAGAUGGCCGUUGCUACGACUCCAUUGUGUAUGAUGUUCUAUCCAAAGAGCUUGCUCAGGCAGGUUACAACUCGGUUAACACCGUCACGAAUCCGAACGACAAGAAGAGAAUCUACGGACACAGCGCCGUUAACGUUAUGAAUGGACUUCGUUCUGGCCCCGUACGCACAUACUUGCCCUUGGCCCAAUGUCACAAGAUCAUGGUCCAAACCCAUUGCUUCUCGAGAAGGAACAACCAGAUCGAUAUCGUCUACCAGGUUACAUUUGGAACCAUAACAGUAGGCAGCAUGGGCAUGAAUGCCGCCGGAAAAGCCAUCUACACCAAGAGUGCCCUACUGCAGACCGCUGCAGACAAAGAAGCCCUUACCAUUGAACUUGACAACUGGCUUGCCAUGAGUCGUACUCCAGGAUCCCGACUAGUAUACUCUGGCGGGGCAAACACCAAUGGCGCAGAGAUCAUUAAGACGAACGGAAUUGGCACCGGAUACCAUCUCACUAGCUCUACAAUCAUGGGUACUGACAACGGCACCAAGGGUGGAAAGAGCGUCGUUGAUACAAACUACAAAGUGUACGGUAUCGAUAACUUGUUUGUGGUUGAUCUUAGAAUCCACCCCAAGGUUCCGAGCGGAGACACCAUGGUCAUCACUAUGAUUGCGACUGAACAUGCGGUUACGAAGAUUCUUGAGCUUGGAAAUAAGGGCUGGUAG